CUUCUUCAGGUUCAUGUGAAAAUGGCGGAUGAGGCUGUCUGUGUUGGCCCAGCUCCCACCAGCAAAAGCUACCUCAACAUGGAUGCCAUCAUGGAAGCCAUUAAGAAAACCAGAGCCCAAGCUGUCCACCCAGGAUAUGGAUUUCUUUCAGAAAACAAAGAAUUUGCCAGGCGUCUGGCAUCAGAAGGUGUCACCUUUAUUGGACCUGACACACAUGCUAUUCAAGCUAUGGGAGACAAGAUUGAAAGCAAAUUAUUAGCCAAGAAUGCAAAGGUCAACACAAUCCCUGGCUUUGAUGGAGUGGUCAAGGAUGCAGAUGAAGCUGUCAGAAUUGCAAGGGAAAUUGGCUACCCUGUCAUGAUCAAGGCCUCAGCAGGUGGUGGUGGGAAAGGCAUGAGAAUCGCUUGGAAUGAUGAAGAGACCAGAGAAGGCUUUAGAUUUUCGUCUCAAGAAGCUGCUUCAAGUUUUGGUGAUGAUCGACUAUUGAUAGAAAAAUUUAUUGAUAACCCUCGCCACAUAGAAAUCCAGGUUUUGGCAGAUAAGCAUGACAAUGCUUUGUGGCUGAAUGAAAGAGAGUGCUCCAUUCAAAGAAGAAAUCAAAAGGUUGUGGAAGAGGCACCAAGCACUUUUCUGGACCCUGAGACACGAAGAGCAAUGGGAGAACAAGCAGUAGCUCUUGCCAAAGCAGUAAAAUAUUCCUCUGCUGGAACUGUGGAAUUCCUUGUGGACACCAAGAAGAGUUUCUACUUUUUGGAAAUGAACACUAGACUUCAGGUUGAACAUCCCAUCACAGAAUGCAUUACUGGCCUGGACCUAGUCCAAGAAAUGAUCCGUGUUGCUAAGGGUUACCCUCUCAGGCACAAACAAGCUGAUAUUCCCAUCAACGGCUGGGCAGUUGAAUGUCGAGUUUAUGCUGAGGAUCCCUACAAAUCUUUCGGUCUGCCAUCUAUUGGUAGAUUGUCUCAAUACCAAGAACCGCUACAUGUGCCCAAUGUACGUGUUGACAGUGGCAUACAAGAAGGAAGUGAUAUUAGCAUUUAUUAUGAUCCCAUGAUCUCAAAACUAAUUACAUAUGGCUCUGAUAGAGCUGAAGCAUUGCAAAGAAUGGAAGAGGCUCUGGACAAUUAUGUAAUUCGAGGUGUGACUCACAAUAUAGCUUUACUGCGAGAAGUGAUAAUCCAUCCACGCUUUGUUCAGGGGGAUGUCAGCACUAAAUUUCUUCCCGAUGUGUAUCCCGAUGGCUUUAAAGGACACAAAUUGACAGAUCUCGAGAAGAGGGAACUACUGGCAAUAGCAACUUCUUUGUAUAUGGCUGAACAACUGAGAUCACAGCAAUUUCUAGGGUCUCCAAGAAUUUCUCUUGCUAAGCUGGAUCUGAACAACUGGGAGCUGUCGAUACAGCUAGGAGACGGAACUUACCCUGUUACAGUUUCAAACAAUGGGUCAACAUUUUCUGUGGAAGUUGAUGGGAUGAAACUAAAUGUGACCAGUGAGUGGAACCUGGCUUCACCCUUAUUGUCUGUCACCAUUGAUGGCACUCAGAGGACUAUACAGGGUCGGUGUGGCUGGAGAUCAUCCUCAGCUUUUACUCACAUGCUCCACUCUCAGAAUUUACCUGCUUCCAUCUAAAGAAAAUCUUUAGGUUUAGAUUUAAAGCCUGCUCACUUUACUAAUCUUCAACAAGAAGCCAUAUGUAUUUAUAAAAAAAUGAGAUGUUCAGAAGAAACCCACCAUAUUUGGUGUGCAUACAUGCAUGUUUUCAGAUGAGUUUCCAUCAAAACUAAAGGGAAGUGCAUAAGGAUAUAUUACAGCAGUAUACAGCAUUAGGAAGCUUUUAUUGUUGCUGACUAAUAGUAGGUAGAUUGAUUAUAU